AUGUUCAUUUUUUUUCGAUCCAUGUCUCGGGUUCAUUUUUUUUCGAUCCAUGUCUCGGUUCAUUUUUUUUUUCGGUCCAUGUCUCAGGUUCAUUUUUUUUCGAUCCAUGUCGGUUCAUUUUUUUUUCGGUCUCAGGUUCAUUUUUUUUUUUUCGGUUCAUUUUUUGUCGGUCCAGGUUCGUUUUUUUUUUUUCGGUCCAUUUUUUUGUCUGGGUUCAUUUUUUUUCGAUCCAUGUCUCAGGUUCAUUUUUUUUCGAUCCAUGUCUCGGGUUCAUUUUUUUUUUUCGGUUCAUGUCUCGGGUUCAUUUUUUUUUCGGUCCAUGUAUCGGGUUCAUUUUUUUUUCGGUCCAUGUCUCGGGUUCAUUUUUUUUUCGGUCCAUGUCUCGGGUUCAUUUUUUUUUCGAUCCAUGUCUCGGGUUCAUUUUUUUCGAUCCAUGUCUCGUCGGGUUCAUUUUUUUUUUCGGUCCAUGUCUCGGGAUCAUUUUUUUUCGGUUCAUGUCUCGGGUUCAUUUUUUUCGAUCCAUGUCUCGGGUUCAUUUUUUUCGAUCCAUGUCUCGGGUUCAUUUUUUUUUUUCGGUCCAUGUCUCGGGUUCAUUUUUUUUUCGGUUCAUGUCUCGGGUUCAUUUUUUUUUCGAUCCAUGUCUCGGGUUCAUUUUUUUUUCGAUCCAUGUCUCGGGUUCAUUUUUUUUUUUCGGUCCAUGUCUCGGGUUCAUUUUUUUUCGGUUCAUGUCUCAGGUUCAUUUUUUUCGGUCCAUGUAUCGGGUUCAUUUUUUUUCGGUCCAUGUCUCGGGUUCAUUUUUUUUUCGGUUCAUGUCUCGGGUUCAUUUUUUUUCGGUCCAUGUAUCGGGUUCAUUUUUUUUUCGGUCCAUGUCUCGGGUUCAUUUUUUUUUCGGUUCAUGUCUCGGGUUCAUUUUUCCUUACGGUUCAAGUUUGUAGCGUAAAAUCGAAAUAA